AUGAGUGUUAAAAUGGGAGCUAAUGUGUGCCCGAUUACCGAGGAACGGUCGGGCACAGUGCGCGAAGUUGGUGGUCAAGCCGUCUGGAGCCUUUCCUCGUGUAAACCAGGAUUUGGCGUCGAUCAGCUGCGGGACAAUUCGAUGGAAACGUACUGGCAAUCGGACGGACAGUUACCGCAUCUGGUUAACAUUCAAUUUCACCGAAAAACAACGGUUAGCCAGAUUUACAUCUACUCCGAUUACAAACUGGACGAAAGUUACACACCGAGCCGGAUAUCGAUCCGCUGUGGUAUGCACUUUAACGAUCUGCAGGAAGUGGAGGUGGUUGAUCUCUGCGAACCAUCCGGUUGGGUUUGCAUACCGAUCAAGGAGUAUGAGGACAUGCCUAUGUGCACAUUCAUGAUACAGAUAGCGGUGAUUAGCAAUCAUCAGAACGGUAGGGAUACGCAUAUGCGCCAGAUACGGAUCCACUCGCCAACCGAAGGCUCACAGUACCCGCUGGAACAUCACGGAAAGUUUAGCACGUUAGAAUUUUCACAGUUUCGCACGAUACGUUAG